AUGGGAGGCAACGAGACGGAUAGGCUUGCACUGCUAGCCAUCAAAGCUCAAAUAAAGCUAGAUCCUUAUAAUGUAUUGAGCUCCUGGAAUGAAUCCAUUCACUUUUGCUCGUGGCACGGUGUCUCCUGCGGUCAACACCAUCGCCAGAGGCAGAGGGUCACAAAGCUGAACAUGCAAUCUCAAAACCUGCCAGGGUCCCUAUCUCCAAACAUAGGAAAUCUAAGUUUCCUAAGGGAACUAGAACUACAAAACAACAGCUUCAGCAGUAAAAUCCCUCCAGAAAUUGGGAAUUUGCGUAGACUGCAGAGCGUUGUCUUAUUGAAGAAACUAGACCUAUCUUUCAAUGAAUUUUGGGGAGCAGUACCAACUAGUGGUGCUUUUAAAAAUGCAAGUGUGAUUUUAAUUACUGGCAACGCCAUGCUCUGCGGCGGAAUUGCUAAUCUCCAAUUGCCCAAGUGCGAGUCCCCAAAGGGAGGAUCAUCUCGUAGCUUGAUAAUCCGUUUAGUACUCUCUGGACUUGCUCUUCUAGGAAUUGCUAUGGAGUGUUACUAUUUCUUUCUUUGUUCGUCGAGAAAGAAAAGGAAAGAAAUUCCAUUGAGCACAUUGCCGAACUCUGUUGUGCGAGUGUCAUAUGCUACUCUCCUAAAAGCUACUGAUGAGUUCUCUUCCGCUAAUGGGAUUGGUGCAGGCAGUUUUGGGUCUGUGUACAGAGGAGUUCUUUAUGAUGAUGGUAAAGCCCAGCUUGUUGCUGUGAAGGUGUUCAACUUGUUGCGGCAUGGAGCAUCGAAGAGUUUCAUAUCCGAAUGUGAGAGAGGCACUCAAUCUAGAGAAAAGACUAGACAUUGCCAUUGA